AUGUUGGCAAAGGGCUACUUUUCAGGCGAGCAGUCCCAAAUCGAAUCCCAUAGUGCGCGUGUGUUGAGGGAGAUAAUGAAGAAGAAACUUCCUUACGUUAAUGAUCUCCCAUGGAAGACGAUUGGAGGGGCAAUUGCAGCAAGAAUGCAAAAACCAAUGUGUAGCUGCACAAAAUUGAACCCAAGGCGUUAUUUCAAACACAUUAAGAGUUUAAACAAUAUAGAUGAUGAUAAUGACAAUGCUGUGUCGAGUACCUCAUUGCACGAUACAAAGGCCUGUACCACAGUACAUAUGAAAGGGGACAACCCAUCAGGGCAUAUAUAA